AAUGUUGAGUUGAACGGAAGUGCGCGAGAUUCAAACGCUGGAGUGUCAAAGUUAAAGAAAAACUGUUUCAUCAGCGAUUCGUUAAUUAAUUAAUUAACAAUCUGGAUUAAUUGAGUGUCGAUUGCUGUUGUUGUGGUGGUGACAGUAAUUGUAGUUGUUCUUAUUGUUGUUGUACAUCAAACGCAGUGACCAUUCCAUGACUUCAUGGAGAGUAAAAAGGAGAAAGUUGUGAAAACCUAUGGCAGACACAGGUCCCGUGUGAUUAGGACCGACGUCUGGGAAGAUAAUGUAAAGAAAACUAAACAGACUCUGUUUAGUGGUUCCAAUAGCCUCACUCCAGAUGAAGAUUUUGUAACAACCAGGAAAGCAAACUUGAAAAAAAGAAAGGCAAAGAAAUCAAAACCCGAACAUGAAAAAGAGAAUAGAUGCUACAAAGAGAAGAGAAGAAAUGAGGAGAAAUUAUUUUUUGAUAAAGAUUUUGUAUCCAGUUUCUCUGAUUCUUUCAAAGGAUCUUCUCCAAGAAAUAUCAAACAUUUACCAAAAUCAACCAAGAAAAUUGUUCCUCCAUCAACUCGUAAAAAAAGACUUCCCAACUGGACAAAGCUGAAGACAUGUUCCCCUGAUUUAUUCAAAGAAUCGAAUGAGAAAAGUGUUUCGAUGCACUUCAGUGAUUUUGACAACUAUGAAUUGUGCAUCUCUGAGUCACCAAUUGCAGCUAAUCCAUAUGCAGAAAAUUUCCCCAGAGUUACUCGUCUGACAACUAACAGUUCUGAUCAAUUGUCUGAGACAAAUGAUUCCAAUUAUUUCUUGAGAAAUAAACAACAUGAAGAAGCACGAGAUGAUGUGUUUGUUGGCACCCGAGCGAAAAAGACAAAAAUUACCACCAGUACUCCUUCAUAUUUACCUGUAGUCAGGCUGGAGCAUAGCGCUGAAAUUGAGGAGCAUCUUAAUAAUUUAAGAAACACUAGCAGAGAAAAUGGAUCAUUUCUAAAUAGUUACAGAGAUGAAAGCUUAGAGCGAAAUCUCGAAAAUGCUGCUAAUUCUAGCAGUAUGUUUUCAUCUUCAAUGAGAAGUGGACGCCAUCCUACUUCUUCUCCUCGACACAGCCAAAAAAAUAAUAAUUGCAAAGACAAUAGUAAUAGCAGCGGCAACUCUGCCGAGGCUUACUCUAGUGCCAAGAGUAGUCCUUUUGAUUGUGUUGUUCAGUUGAAAAAACUCGAUGCUGGAGUUGAACAAUUGUUAAGUGCAGAAAGCUACAUCAGCUGUGAGGAUUAUACUCCGAGUUUGUUUGAGAACAGUUUUACUGACAGGAAAUCUAGACGAGACAAACUCUUGAGAAAGAAGCAAUUGUCUUUGCUGUUGAGUUCUUGUGCUCAUUGCUCACUGGAUCAGCCAUGUGGAAACGAUUGUGCCUACAUGAAAUACAUAGUGAGUUCAAGGCCCAUCUUUGACCUCCUCACUGACGUUAGGGAUAAUAGUGACCCUUGUCUCAAUUCAGGUGAAUUUGAUUCCUCUGCAGAACGGAUUGAGGCUCAUAGCCUUGGGAGAAGAUCAAAGUGGCAGGACGGUGAUGAUGUGUUCCCUAAUGUAAGUAUUGAGCAUAUAAAUAGCCUUCUGGAGAUUGUGUCGUUGUCUAGUGAUGAGGCGGCGUCAGAAAAGGAUGACGUCAGCAUGGAGAACAGUGGAGAUUUGUCACUAAAUGACAUAAGAGAAGAAGAGGAGGAGGAAGAUGAAGAAGAAAUUUGUUCAGAACUUGGCUCAUCAGAUUCCUCAGCCUCUGCAAUACAUUCUGAGAACCAAAAGAAACAGCAUUUCCAAUCAAAUAUUGUACAGCGCAGUCCUUAUGAAACUCGUGGCAGUAAAAUAAACAGCAAACUGGAAAAUGGUUCCAGACAAACUGUGAUAAAAGCAGAUCUAUCUGAGGAGGACUACGAUGAUGACGAUGAUGACGAUGAUGAUGAUGAUGAUGAUGGUAAUAACAGUGAUGAUUCUGGCCAUGUCGCUGACACUGAACAUUCCAUUUCCCAUUUAUCCAACAGUCAGCUGACUCCAAGUAGGAAGAGCUUAUUGGUCAUCCUGUCACCCAUCAAGUGUCCACUUUCUCCAAAAUCCAAAAUAUUGAAGCAGUGCCAACAGGAUCGAUUUAUUUCAUUCACUGACUGCAUCGAACCAGAUGUUAUGCAGAAAUGUGUGAAGAUUGGUGAAGGUGUGUAUGGAGAAGUUUUCCGAACAACUAAACAUAAAAAGUCUGUGGCACUAAAAAUCAUUCCAAUUGAAGGUACCUUUAAUGUUAAUGAUUGUGCACAGAAAACCUUUGGGGAGAUGUUGCCAGAAAUUGUGAUCUCACAAGAACUCAGUGAAUUACAGUUUGGUGUUGAGGACCAGACAAGAAAUUUCAUCUCCGUGAACAAUGUAAGCUGUGUGAAAGGGAAAUACCCAGCGCAAUUACUGAAACAAUGGGAUAUAUUCCACAAGAAUAAACAAUCUGAUAACGACAGACCAGAUAUAUUCUCAGCUGAUCAACUGUUUGUGGUGUUUGAGUUUGGAGAUGGUGGUUCCACAUUGGAAGAUUUCAAGUUCAACAAUUUGCGACAAGCCAAGAAUAUUCUCCUGCAAGUCAUCUACAGUCUUGCUGUUGCUGAGUCGGCUCUCGAAUUUGAACACCGUGACCUUCACUGGGGUAACGUAUUAGUGCACCCGUGCCCAGAUGACGUUGUUGAUUUCUCUAUAAAAGGGAUCAAAAUGUCUUUACCCUUGAUGGGUAUGGAGGCAAGCAUCAUUGAUUUUACCUUGUCACGACUCAGUAAAGAUGGUUGUACCGUAUUCUGUGAUUUAGCUCCAGAUGAAGAUCUGUUCCAAGGAAGUGGAGAUUACCAAUUUCAUGUCUAUCGAAUGAUGAAGACUCAGACAGAGAACCAGUGGGAUCGCUUUUGUCCACGCAACAAUGUCUUUUGGAUCCAUUAUCUUGCAGACAAGCUUCUGAAUUGUAAAAAAUAUGAACAAUGCACACGGAAAGAUCGAGAGAUUCUCCGAGGCUUACGACAAUUUGUAAAUGAAGCUACAGAAUAUAACUCUGCUGUGGAUUUAGUUUUUUCUUGUGAUUUUAUCCAAAUAACAGACGAGUGAAAACCAAAACUGGCUUCAGAAGGAUUUCAGGAUGUUUUUUUUUUUUUUGUUGAAUAAUUGUAGAUUUAAUUUAUUUAUGACAUUUGAAUGAACAAAUUGUGAGAGAGGAAGAAGGAAAUAAAUUGUGUGUGAGUGAAAGUGAACAAGAGAAAUAUACUGUGGUGAGAGAGAGAGAGAGAGAGAGAGAGGGGGGGGCAUCAGUGUCAUUCCAAUUCUAGUAAAAUCUGUAUUUUGUAAAUAAAAUGAUGAAUGUA